UUUGUAGUGUUGGCGGCGGGAGAGACGAUGAAGCUCCCUCUUCUUGUCGUGUUUGCUCUGGUGUCCGUGGCUCACUGUGAGGAUGGUGCCAGGCUCCUGGCCUCCAAAUCUCUGUUAAACAGAUAUGCAGUGGAGGGCAAGGACUUGACUUUGCAGUACAACAUCUACAAUGUUGGCUCCAGUGCUGCCUUAGACGUGGAGCUGUCGGAUGAUUCUUUCCCUCCAGAAGAUUUUGGCAUCGUCUCUGGCAUGCUCAGCGUCAAGUGGGACAGGAUUGCUCCAUAUCUUUUCAUAGCGAACAAUGUGUCCCACACUGUGGUUCUACGGCCUCUCAAGGCUGGGUACUUCAACUUCACCUCUGCCACCAUCACGUACCUGGCACAGGAGGGUGCCCAGGUGGUGGUUGGCUUCACCAGUGCUCCUGGGCAGGGAGGAAUCCUGGCUCAGCGUGAUUUCGACAGGAGGUUCUCCCCUCACUUCCUGGACUGGGCGGCAUUUGGCGUGAUGACCCUGCCCUCCAUUGGGAUCCCCCUGCUGCUCUGGUACUCGAGCAAGAGGAAGUAUGACACCCCCAAGAGCAAAAAGAACUGAGCAGAGUCCAGUGCUAGCAGCAGCAGUCCAGAGCUCGGGAAAGGACACCCCCAAACCCCCAAGAACAGCGGCUGGGUCAGGAUCCAUCCCCCGCGAGGUGCUGCCUGCAUUGUGCUUCAGCCCUCUGGGCAAAGGAUUCGGUGGCUGCUGCAGCAGCUGUGAGGUGUCCUCUGUUCAAAUGGAGAAACAAGCAAACAGAAAAAAGAACAAGCAGAA